AUGACUUCACCGUUAACCAUGCAGAGCUCCAACAGCUCUCUUCAGAGUGUUUAUGAAUCAGUGCGUCGCAGGGCUUCGUCGAUGGGAAAUGAUUUCAUGCAGUCUGAUUUGCCUGAGAACUUUGGAGAGGUCGUCAGCGGAGUCUACCGUUCUGCUUUUCCGCAACCGUGGAGUUUUUCUGCACUCAGAAGGCUAGGCCUUAGGACCAUUGUCACUUUGGUAGAUGAGCCUUACACUCCGGAGCACAUGAGCUUCUUGAAGGAGACGGGGAUCGCGCACAUCCGUAUCCUUGUCGAACCCAACAAGGACCCUGCAAUUAAAUCUCCAGACUAUGUCAUAUGUCAAAUACUGGAGAUCAUGCUCGACAAGGCCAAUCACCCUGUCCUUAUCCACUGCAACAAGGGAAAACAUCGUACCGGCUGCGUGAUUGCCUGCUUCCGCAAACUCCAAGGCUGGCGAAUCGAGGACACGCUUGCUGAGUAUCAAACCCAUUCAUUCCCCAAGUCGAGGCCGCUGGAUCAGAGAUUUAUCAUAGCGUUUGAUGCUUCCCCACUCUCUAGUCUGGCACAAGUCUCUGAAGUGAAGAUGUGGCAAUCUUCCAACCAUGCCAAGGCUUUGUCCGAAGAGAAUGCUAUGGAUCAGACCUCGUCUUCGAAUCGGCAUCUACCUUCUCUGGGCAAAAUCCGCGUGACUUGA